AUGGGCAAGAAAAAGCCAACCCCGGAGGAGGAUCUCAUCAUUCCGCCACAGGACAACCGAAUCUGUGGUGUCAUCUGCGUCUGUCAGCUCACGUUCGUGCUGAGCACGGUCGCGAUCGUCUAUCUGACCGUCGCCAUCUACAUGCCGUCAUCCCGCGCAUUCAAGAGCGGAAUCGAUGAGACUCCGGUCAUGUGCACGACAACUCGAACCCUUAAUCAAGAAGCCUGUGAGUGGGGUUCCUGUGGCGAAUGGUGCCUCAGUAAAACGUCGGGUGCGUGCAUCCAAAUCUACGUGCAUCUGCGCACGAAUGGCAGCAGUCUACUCUUUACGAAUUGUACCAACUCCGCUAACAAAACAUGUUAUGGGAUCGAUCAGGAGAAUGCGAAAAAGUCUCGCUGCAUCGCGGACGAGUGCAAGAAUUUGACCGGCACGUUCAACUGCAGCCUUGGUAUGUGCAUCAACAUUACCGACGCGUUCGAGUGCGUGUUCAAAAACACGGACCCUCCGCUCAAAUGUUCUGGACGCAGGGGCAAGAUCACUUGCAUCGACAUAACGGGGCUAUUCUCGUGCAACCGGGGAACAUGCCGAAAGAUAAGAACUCCAUAUAAUUGCGAUCGUCGUUGUGUCGACAUACCGACCAGAAACAAGAACAUGAUCUUAUUAAGUGGAGAUAAAGUUUAUCUUUCGCAAUGUUCAAGCGCGAUAGACAUGGAAACGAAGCAGGAGGUGUGGAACGAAGCGGAGGACAAGGUGAUCAUGUCGUCGUGCUACAACAUACAGAAUACCUCGCUCGGUAUUGAGGCGAUCGAUUGUGUCAACGGCUCGGUGCUGGAGAAGACCGAACUGACCGACUUGACCAACUUUACCUAUCUAAGCUAUCUGCACUACGCUGUCUCCAAGCCGAUCAAAGUGAUCGCCCCGCUGGAGCAGGACCUGACGCUCUCGAACGAAAGCCGGCUCAUGAUCAACCUCGAGGGUUGCGUCAACACGUUACAGGACGAGUGCAAAGAAUUUCUGAAGGAGUUUGGCAAGGACGGCACGGAUCAUAACGCGCGGGCUCGCUUCCCGUGCUUCUACUCCAAGAGCAAGAUGCAGCAGGUCGUCGCGCGGUUCAACUUGGAAACGACCUAUCGUCAGUUUAUCUUCGGAUUUUUCGUGCCCACGAUACUGUUUGCGGUCUCCUGCCUGACGCUUAUCUUCUGCCAGCGGACGAUCCACGUUGGGGAUGACGCGAAAAUGCGCUUCGUCGGUUGUGCUAAUAAAAACCCCGUAGUGGCCAACGGGGGUGCUAAGAACCAAGACAAGGCUAACUCCGGUGACGGCGGUGGAGGUGGAGACUCCGUUAUGGCUCUCUGA